UGUCUUGACUACAGCAGCGGAGCCCUGACUGGUGACCUCUGCGAAGACCUAUGUGUGGCACAGAAGCUGGUGUAUAAGCAUUGUCUUUACUAUGACAGAGGUAAGAAAGUCAUCCAGGCUGACUGGAGAGGCCAGCCCAUCAUCCUGAAAUCCAAAAAGGAAAUCUUCUCCAGCUACCAGCAUCUCAGUGUGCUGGAGGAGGUGGAAACAGAGGAUAUUCCUGAAACAGAGCUUCUGCUGUUGGUAGCUUUGGAGGUCAAAAAUGUGCUGGGACUCGAACUGUCCAACAACACCAUGGGGCCCCUGUGGACAAGGAAGAAGGGACCACACUGGAAAGCACAGGUGGCCAGCAUGUGGUCCUUGCUCCAGCAGGAAGAAUAUAUCUACUUUAGUUUGCUGCAGGACUUCAGCAAACAUGUGCUACGAAUUAUUGGCUCUUGUGGACACUUUUAUGCUGUGGAGUAUCUCACAGCUGGACAUGCCUGGCACAAAACUCUUUUUCCUUUGGAAAAUGUGGUCAGCCCCUCCCUUGCUGGCCACAAAAGCAGAGUGAGAGCCAUCAUUGACAUUGCACUCAGCUUUCUGGACAUGGUGCAGCAUUUUGAUAAUGAUUUCUCUCACCGACUUCACCUGUGUGAUAUCAAACCAGAAAACUUCGCUAUCAGGCAUGAUCUCACGGUGGUGGCCAUCGAUGUGGAUAUGGCCUUUUUUGAACCCAAAAUGAGGGACAUCCUUGAGCAGAACUGCACAGGAGAUGAAGAUUGUAAUUUUUUUGAUUGCUUUUCAAAAUGCAAUCUGAAAAUCAGAAAAUGUGGAGCACAGAGAGCCAAUAAUAACUUGCAAGUAAUUUGUGACAAAAUAUUCCGUCACUGGUUUUCCCCAAAUCUCCGAGGACCAUUGGUUUCCCUCCCACUGCAGCUGCAGCUGCAGAAGGCUGUGCAGGAGUGUGCCGAGCCAGGGCAUGCGGAGGCUGCCGGGCACCAGAGGACUCUGAAAUCUCUCUCCGAACUAUAUCACCUACUUCGGGUCACUCAGCGAGAACUGCACAGGGCAGAGUAGACACAAAAGGCAGAACGGCAGAGAUCAAAUCCCAGCCACCGUGAAGGGAUGCUGUAUGUGAGGCAGCCUGUUUUCUUCCUCUCUCUUCCAUCCCUCCGACCCAUUCACAGCACAGAGGUUGUUUUUCACCCAUGCAAAUGAAAUUCAUGGCUGCAGGUGCAGCACGUCAUGUUAAUGGUCCUUUCA